AUGUCCUCAGCAACCUGUGUUUCAGAGAACCCAAGGCAAAGCCCUUCCACGCCAGGACGCUACCCAGACAUACCCAUGUCUCCAACUGCCCUCUCUAAAGGCGACACACUGAGUUGCCAGGAUGGGCUCUUCACUAAACUUGCUAGCCAAUCGGCGGAGUCCUCCAGCGUGACAUCAGGGUCAUGUGACCUAAGCAGGCAGAUCGUGUCCCAGUUGGAGUGCUACCUGUCCAAUGAACACCUGGCAGAGGAUGGCUUCCUGCUCAAACACGUCCAGAGGAACAGGAUGGGAUACGUCAGCCUCAAGCUGCUCACCUCCUUCAAAAAGAUGAAGGAGCUGACGAGAGACUGGCGCAUCACCCUGGCCGCAGCGCUGUGCUCUGAUUCGCUGGAGGUCAACAGGGAAGGGACCAAAGUGAGGCGCAGAGAGCCUCUGCCUGAUUGGCUGUUGAGUGCCCCUAACAGCAAGCUGUUACUAGCCUGGAACCUGUUUGGGGAAAACACAGGAAGUGACAUCUCUACCCUCAGCAGCUUGGACCAACAGGUAGUCCUAGCGAAAGCUCUGAAGCUGUUCAGUGCCCAUGCUGCCGUGGCCUCGCUGCGUAUCCUCCGUCCUGGGAAAGAGCUCCCCGUGGAGCUGAGACGACAUGCCAGGAGGCAUGCCGAGCUGGGCCGCAGGACGUGUGCUGUGGUGGAGUUUGAGACCCUGGUGGGGGCCAGGUUGGCCUACCGAGCCCUGCAGAGAGGAGGAGUAGAGGGGGCCGGGGUUUGUGUCGCCAGCCUGGGCAGCCCUGGCACGCGCUCACCCCACUCCUCGUCCCACCCCACCAACCGGCAGGCGGAGAAGGAGGGUGAGGAGGACCCCAAGCCAGAUGGAGGCCCCGAGGUGACUAAGGUGUCCCAGAAAAAUCCCAAGGUGAAAUCGAGAUGUUUCACCAACAGCUCCCUGAAGGAUCCAGUCCCGUCUAGAUGUUUCAUAAACGACUCUAUGAAGGAUCCGGAACUACUGAAGAGCUUAGAGUCUGACCCUGCCCCGGCCCAGGCCACAGUCCCAACCCUGGGUUCAGCCCCAGCCAGGCUUUCAUGCAGAAGGAUCCAGCGCUAUAAGUCCCUGGACAGCCCCCUGGGCCAGGAGGGUCAUUGCCAAACAUCACAAAGGGAUAGGCCCUCCUCCUCGGACAGCCAUGCAUCCCGCGUCCCCCUGGUCCUGUCUAGGCUCCGAGACUCAAGGUCUGGAGGUGUGGGAAGGAGCAGGUGCUCUGGGGACCAUGUACAGGAGAAGGUGGCCUGCCCCUGGGUGCAACGCCAGAAGGUGGCUACUAGCGUGGCCCUACUCCACCCGGAAACCCCGGGCAAGCUGCGGAGACAGACUCUGCCCCUGAGGGUGGUGCGUAUGCCCCAAGGACCCUACGGUACCAAGGGCUUCUAUGGAGGCAGGGGGAGAGGGAAGCUAACUCAGCAGCAGUAA